AACGCCUGUAGAAAUGUUUAACGUGUCAGGAACAACAUAAAUAGAAUAAAGCAAUCUUCUCAGGUGUGCUCAGAAGAUUGCUGCCAUAUUGAUGUGAUUCCUGCUGAGUGUGUGUGAUGAUGAAGUGAUUAUAUGUAUCUGCACAGCGUGACCACCUGGAACGCAGCCAAGAUUAGUGAGUAAAUUUUGUAAUUGUGGAAGUCUCGCGAGAGCCCAUAGGGAGUAACGGUACUUCAUCAUGGCAGGCAAGUUGGUUUUAGAGGGGAAAAUAAGUAUUAUAAGCUUGCUUUUAGGACUGGGUGUUGUUAUAAUUCCCCUUAUUAGAACAUUCGCUGGACAUCUUGACUGGGUAUUCGACUAUCUCACUGGAGUGAGGGGGAAAAUAGCUAUUGCUGUGUACAUCGCUGUUAUCAAUGGCUUCUUGCUUAUCAUAUACAAGGGACCUCUAUAUAAGGUUGCUGUGCGAGCCUGCUUCCUUGGCUUUACUUUUGGGUGUGGCUUGAUUAUAAGCUUUUCCCAAACCACAUGGACACACUUUGGCUGGUACAUGUGCUCCUUGUCUUUCUUCCACUACUCCGAGUACCUGGUGACAGCCAUCAUUAACCCCCGCAGCCUGUCUCUGGACUCAUUCCUUCUCAACCACAGUGUAGAGUACACCGUGGCUGCUGUGUCCUCAUGGGUGGAGUUCACCAUAGAGAAGCUCACUGUCCCAGAGCUGAAGCAGCUGAGCUGGCUCAGCCUGGUGGGCCUGGUGAUGGUGCUGUGUGGGGACUUCCUGCGUAAGUCUGCCAUGCUGACGGCCGGCUCCAACUUCAACCACAUCGUCCAGAACGAGAAGGCUCAGAGCCACGUGCUGGUCACGGAUGGGGUCUACGCCUUCUUCAGACACCCCUCCUACGUGGGAUGGUUCUACUGGAGCAUUGGCACACAGGUGAUGCUGUGCAACCCUGUCUGCAUCGCGGGCUAUACCAUGGCAAGCUGGCGCUUCUUCCGUGAACGGAUCGAGGAGGAGGAGCUUUCUCUCAUCCAUUUCUUUGCAGAGGACUACCUGGAGUACAAAAAGAAGGUGGGCACCGGCCUGCCGUUUAUUUCAGGCAUCCGCAUCAACAGCUCCUAGGUGUGAGAGAUGGAGUCCUGGAUGUAUGAAAAUGGCAGACAGACAGACAGGCACUGUGAGGGGCAGCCCUGGUCAGUGUACUGUGGAUUAGCCCCUGUGGUUGCCCGCCCUGGGGUCCUUAGAGCUCACAGAGACUGACAUCUAUGAGUGUUGUGAAGGGCUCCCAUCCCCAUACCACCCCCAAGGCCUGGGUAGACUCACUCAAAAAGAAACCACCCCCCCCAUAUAUUCAACCACCUCUGUUCUCUCUUGUUUGGUUAAAUUGACUACUAUAGACAUGAGUUUGUAUUUUUCUUUAAUCUCCAAUGUUCUGAAGAAGGCUCCCUUUUCUGUUUUUUUCCUUAGAGAGGAGUUGAGUAUCUUAAGGCCAGGCACCACACCCUAAUAGGGUAUCCCCCCCCCCCCCCCCCACUUAAUCAUAUUACAAUCAACUUUUACCAGUUGAAUGUGGACACAGUAUUAUAUUUUUGUCUUUUUCUGAAACAUUGUAUAAAAAUAUGCAAAUUAGGUUAUACCAUUAAAUAUUUGCAUAUAACACAAACCAAUUUUUCUGGACACUGGAUGAAGUAAAAAUCAACCUAAAUAUUUUGUUAACACUCUAGGACUGAACUUUCACAUAUCUGAUUGUGUCAUAAACAUAUCAACAAUUCCCUAUGUAUAAGUCUGGAGAAUACAUCUAAAGAUAACCACAGAAAAUAAGUUGGCGUUUGGGAAGAGUGUGAUUUUUCAGGAAAUGGCAGUAAGACGAGGACUGAAUUGAGACUACCAAACACCCAUUUACACCCAAUCACUAACAAUAAACUAACAAGAAUAUUUUUAUAAACCUUUGGAUAUUUUUUACUUUUUGAAAAUCCAAAAAUUUAUUGACAAAUACCCCCCCCCCCAAACUCUAAAUUGCUAGGUUUGUGCAACACUUUAGCCUGUGGUGUCUGGCCUUAAGUGGCUGCUGAAUUGAGUUUAGCUUUGGUUACUGAGUCAGAAGUGCUGUAAUGAGCCUGGUUGAGUUUCUGCUAUUCCUUGUUUGUCUGUCAUAUCACAGAGUCAUCAAUAUUAGGCCUCAGCGUUGACAUCAGAAUGGUUUUACACAAUAUUUGGGAUGCACACAGGGUUCUAAAGUGUGACCCAAUUUGGUUGAAUAUGCAACAAAAUAUUUUGCUGUGCGAACUGCAGUUUUAAUUUGGGAGUACCAGUACGGGGAAAAAAUGUCAAUUUUUAUAACAAUCUGUUGUCAUGAUAAGGCUUCGCUGUUUUCUGGGUGCAGAUUCGUUAGCGUCAUGCUUGCACCUUUACUACAGCAAAAAUGGCUUGGUUCUAAUACAAACAGUUUAAAAAAUCUGACCCAUAUCAGAGAUACUUUUGAGAUGGGGAAACUCCAUUGGAAUCGUAUUGUCGCUGGGUCAUUCUGGGACAAGGACAUUUCUAAAAUUUCAGGUUGUGCACUUAAUGUUUUAAAGUUUGGAGCACCAGUUUUACCCAUAAUUUUUUUAUGUAGAGCCCUGGAUGCUUAAUUUAUCAGCCCUCAUACAUGCAUUACAUGACCAAAAGUAUGUGGACACCUGCUUGUCGAACAUCUCAUUCAAAAUCAUGAGCAUUAAUAUGGAGUUGGUCUCCCUUUUGCUGCUAUAACAGCCUCCACUCUUCUGAGGAAGGCUUUCCACUAGAUGCUGGAACAUUGCUGUGGGGAUUUGCUUUCAUUCAGCCACAAGCAUUAGUGAGGUUGGGCUAUUAAGCCUGGAUUGCAGUCGGCGUUCCAAUUCAUCCCAAACGUGUUCGAUGGGGUUGAGGUCAGGGCUCUGCAGGCCAGUCAAGUUCUUGCAUACUGAUCCCCACAAACCACUUCUAUAUGGACCUCGCUUUGUGCAUGGGGGUGUUGUCAUUCUGAAACAGGAAAGGGCCUUCCCCAAACUGUUGCCACAAAGUACAGAAUCGUCUAGAAUGUCAUUGUACUGUAUGCUGUAGCGUAAAGAUUUCCCUUCAGGGGAAAGGGGCCUUGCCCGAACCAUUAUUCCUCCUCCGCCAAACUUUACAGUUUCCUGGCAUUCGCCAAACCCAGAUUUGGAUGUCGGACUGCCAGAUGGUAAAGCAUGGUUCAUCACUCCAGAGAAUGCAUUUCCACUGCUGCAAUGGCGGCGAGCUUUACACCACUCCAGCCGUCACUUGGCAUUGCGCAUGGUGGUCUUAGGCUUGUCUGCGGCUACUCAGCCAUUGAAACCCAUUUCAUAAAGCUCCCGACGAACAGUUAUUGUGCUGACGUUGCUUCCAGAGGCAGUUUGGUACUCGGUAGUGAGUGUUGCAACCCGAGAAACAGGCCAUUUUUUAAAAUGUAUUUUUAAAAAUGUUCAGUACUCAGCGGUCCUGUUUUGUGAGCUUGUGUGGCCUACCACGUCGCGGUUGAGCCAUUGUUGCUCCUAGACAUUUCCACUUCACAAUAACCUCACUUAUUUUUGACCGGGGUACCUCUAGCGGGGCAGACAUUUUAUGAACUGACUUGUUGUAAAGGUGGCAUCCUAUGAUGGUGCCACAUUGAAAGUCACUGAGCUCUUCAGUAAGGCCAUUCUACUGCCAAUGUUUGUCUAUGGAGAUUGCUUGGCGGUGUGCUCGAUUUAAAAAAAUAAAAUAAAAAAAUAAUAAUAAAAAAAAUAAAAAAAAAUAACUGUCAGCAAUGGGUGUGGCUGAAUCAACUAAUUUGAAGAGGUGUCCACAUACAUUUGUGUGUGUGUGUGUAUGUAUGUAUAUAUAUAUGUAUAUGUAUAUGUAUAUAUAUAUAUAUAUAUAAUAUGUGUGUGUUCUGUCCCAGUAAGAAACAUUUAUUUCUGAGUGACUUUGUUAUACAUUUACAAAAAUGCCCGAAAGUUACGGAAAUGGGGUCCCUUGCAACAUGGUUAAUUCGCUCUUUUAUAAAUUAUAAGAAAAAGGCCUUUUGAUGAAUGUUAAAGUUAUUAAAAUAAUGUAUGCUAUGAAGAAAAAAAUACUGGUUUUAGUUAUCAGCCCAGACUUUCUAUAUUGAUUUAUCCUUACACAAAAUAAUGAUUUAUUUUAAAUUCACAUCCCAUGUUCACUCAGGAUCAAAAGGCUGUACAAUCACUAAUAUUUUGCUAAUUUGACAACCUGGGCAAGUUGCAGCCUGGUUCUCUGAUUCUUCCAAUCGGUACAGCGUAUGAAGUCAGAAAUGUCUACUUUGUAAAUUAUGAAAACAUAUUGAACACUGACAAUCCAUUCACUGUUCUAUUCCAGUCUGCUGUAAGUCUGAACAUUGUUCCUGGGUAUAUAGACUAUGAAUCAGGGGUGUUGUUUCUUCCAUAAGGUUUUAACUAUAGGGGCACCCACAUGGUACAGUCAUCUUUAAAAUGCACUCAAAGACGGUCUCUCUUUCAACCACCACUUGAUCAUCACCACCUGUAAUUUAUUUGUAUUGAAACCAACCAAUAGAUGCAUUCCUAUGGCUAAGGGGUUUAGAGGAAAGGUCGUCUCCUUUGCGAUAAGCUCAACCCAGCAUUGCUUCCUCCUGAACUACCGCUUGUCUCAGGUGAAAGGUUGCCUCUGCCCUCUGUAUGCCCAGACUGUAUGGAGAGUGUGUGAUUGAAAGAGAAUUCCUGAAAUUAGAAGAGUCGAGCACUCUAACUGUAUGUUGCACAAGACAAGUGUGUGUGUGUUAGAGUUUCUGAAAUGAGGACAGUCAAGAGCACUGUGUAUUAGAAGAAUAAAGAUGAAGAUUAUCUGUAGAUUCAAUAAUAUAAGAGCACAUUGUUGGCUGCAGACAUACAACUGUUUACUGCUCCAAGCAUGAUCCAGCUGAGCUGAACAUGGAAAAAGCCAGUUGUUGCACUACAGUAUAACAAUACUACAGUUUAUUACAGGUAAUGUAAAUGUAUCAUGCAGAGAGAAUACUUCUCUCUCUUGGCUGAUUACUUUUAUUCACUUGACUGAAAUGUUCUGAAUUGAUUGAACAACAGUGUCCUGUGAAAUAAAAUUUAUCCUAAGAAAA